AUGCCUCGCGGACCUAAGAAGCACCAGAAGCGCCUUAGCGCGCCUUCUCACUGGCUCCUGGACAAGAUGUCCGGAACCUACGCCCCCAAGGCCUCCCCCGGUCCUCACAAGCUCCGGGACUGCCUGCCCCUGAUCGUCUUCAUCCGCAACCGUCUCAAGUACGCCCUUAACGGCCGUGAGACCAAGGCGAUCAUGAUGCAGCGUCUGAUCAAGGUCGACGGCAAGGUCCGCACCGACCCUACCUACCCCGCUGGUUUCAUGGACGUCAUCGGCAUCGAGAAGACCGGCGAGAACUUCCGUCUCAUCUACGACACCAAGGGUCGCUUCACCGUCCACCGCAUCCAGGCUGAGGAGGCCGAGUACAAGCUCUGCAAAGUCAAGCGUGUUCAGCUCGGCAAGGGCGGGAUCCCAUUCUUGGUUACGCACGAUGCGAGAACCAUCCGUUACCCCGACCCCGCCAUCAAGGUUAACGACACCGUGAAGAUCGACAUUGCCACUGGCAAGAUCGCCGACUUCGUCAAGUUCGACACUGGUGUUGUCGCCAUGGCCACCGGUGGUCGUAACAUGGGUCGUGUCGGUGUCGUCACCCACCGUGAGCGCCACGAUGGUGGUUUCAACAUCGUCCACAUCAAGGACGCUAUUGACAACACCUUCGCCACCCGUGAGUCCAACGUCUUCGUCAUCGGUCAGGACAAGCCCUGGAUCUCCCUGCCCAAGGGCAAGGGUGUCAAGCUCUCCAUCGCCGAGGAGCGUGACCGCCGCCGUGCCCUCCAGUAG